CGUAAACCGGUGAAUGGCUCCCGUGUAGCCAAAGUGUGGGGAAGGAGGGAGCCGGCGAGCGUGUGCGGCGGCCGCUGUCCUUCCCGCUGAGGCGCGGAGAGAUCAUGGAUCCCAACCGAAUUAUCCAGGCGCUCAAAGGCACCAUCGACCCCAAGCUGCGCCUGGCGGCCGAGAAUGAGCUCAACCAGUCCUACAAGAUAAUAAACUUUGCUCCCAGUCUGCUACAAAUCAUUGUUUCUGAUCAAGUGGAAUUCCCAGUCAGGCAAGCAGCUGCUAUUUACUUGAAAAACAUGGUGACACAAUAUUGGCCAGACAGAGAGCCCCCGCCAGGGGAAGUGAUAUUUCCAUUCAAUAUUCAUGAAAAUGAUCGUCAGCAGAUUCGGGAUAAUAUUGUAGAAGGAAUUAUUCGUUCUCCAGACUUAGUGAGAUCCCAGUUGACAAUGUGCCUUCGUGCUAUUAUUAAGCAUGACUUCCCAGGCCACUGGACAGCAGUGGUGGACAAGAUUGGGUAUUACUUGCAUUCGUCCAAUAGCGGAAGCUGGCUUGGAAGCCUCCUGUGCCUGUACCAAUUGGUAAAAACCUAUGAAUAUAAGAAAGCUGAGGAACGAGAUCCUCUCAUUGCCGCAAUGCAAAUAUUCUUGCCUCGAAUUCAGCAGCAGAUGAUCCAGCUUCUUCCUGACAACUCCCAUUAUUCUGUACUCCUUCAGAAACAGAUCUUAAAAAUUUUCUAUGCACUUGUUCAGUACACUUUGCCACUUCAGCUGGUGAAUAACCAAACGAUGACUCAGUGGAUGGAGAUUUUCCGGACUGUCAUUGACAGAAGUGUGCCUCCUGAAACUCUACAGGUUGAUGAAGAUGACCGGCCAGAAUUGGUGUGGUGGAAAUGUAAGAAGUGGGCUUUUCGGAUUGUUGCUCGUCUUUUUGAAAGGUAUGGUAGUCCUGGAAACGUAACAAAAGAAUAUUUUGAAUUUUCUGAGUUCUUCUUGAAAACCUAUGCUGCGGGAAUCCAGCAGGUACUCCUAAAAAUCUUGGAUCAAUACAGGCAGAAAGACUAUGUAGCUCCACAUGUCCUUCAAGAAACAUUAAACUAUCUGAACCAGGGAGUCCAUCACUGUAUAACCUGGAAGCAGAUGAAACCCCAUAUGCAGACUUUAUGUGAAGACGUCAUCUUUUCUCUAAUGUGUUAUAAAGAUGAGGAUGAAGAGCUCUGGCAGGAGGACCCGUAUGAAUACAUCUGCAUUAAAUUUGAUGCGCUUGACGAUUAUGCACCCCCUACAAAAGCAGCCCAGAUUCUUCUGUACACUGCGGCAAAAAAACGAAAGGAGGUGUUACCAAAAAUGAUGGCAUUUUGUUAUCAGAUUCUCACUGAGCCCAACAUUGACCCAAGAAAGAAAGAAGGGGCAUUACAUGUAAUUGGAUCACUGGCAGAUAUCUUGCUGAAGAAAAGUGUGUUCAAGGAUCAGAUGGAGUUGAUGCUGCAGAAUCAUGUCUUUCCGUUAUUCAUGUCAAAUCUUGGAUAUUUAAGAGCAAGAUCCUGUUGGACCAUUCGUUCAUUCAGCACCUUAAAAUUUCACAAUGAGCUCAAUCUAAAGAAUGCUGUUGAACUGAUAAAAAAGAGCUUGAUUGAAGACAAAGAAAUGCCUGUCAAAAUGGAAGCUGCCAUUGCACUUCAGUCCUUGAUAAGCCAUCAGGAGCAAGCAAAGGAAUACAUUAAGCCCUACAUCAGGCCUGUUAUGCAGGAGCUGCUGCUUGUAGUUCGAGAGACACAGAACGAUGAACUUACCAAUGUAAUUCAGAAGCUGAUCUGUGAAUACAGCCAAGAAGUAGCCACCAUUGCUGUGGAAAUGACACAACAUCUGGCUGAGAUUUUUGUUAAAGUUCUUCAGAGUGAAGAGUAUGAAGAAAUGGAAGAUAAAACUGUGAUGGCCAUGGGGAUCCUGCAUACAAUUGACACAAUCCUAACUGUGAUGCAGGAUCACAAGGAGAUAACUCAACAACUGGAGAGCAUUUGCCUGCAAAUCAUUGGUCUUGUCUUACAGAAGCAUGUAAUAGAGUUCUACGAAGAAAUUCUCUCUCUGGCGUACAGCUUGACAUGCCAUCUUAUUUCACCCCAAAUGUGGCACCUCCUGGGUGUCUUAUACGAGGUGUUUCAACAGGAUUGCUUCGAGUACUUUGCAGAUAUGAUGCCCCUACUGCACAACUACGUCACUGUUGAUACUGAUAUUUUAUUGUCAAAUUCCAAAAAUUUGGAGGUAAUUUAUACCAUGUGUAAAAAGGUCCUAACUGGUGAUGCAGGGGAAGAUGCUGAGUGCCAUGCAGCCAAGCUCUUAGAGAUUAUUAUACUGCAAUGCAAAGGAAGAGGUAUUGAUCAGUGCAUCCCUCUGUUUGUAGAAGCUGUGCUUGAGCGCUUAACGCGAGGGGUUAAAACCAGCGAGCUCCGCACCAUGUGCCUCCAGGUUGCCAUUGCUGCCCUCUACUACAACCCUGAGCUCCUUUUGCACACUUUGGAGAACAUCCGGUUUCCUCAUAACCCAGAGCCUAUCACUGCGCAGUUUAUAAACCAGUGGAUGAACGAUACAGACUGUUUUCUUGGGCUUCAUGACAGGAAGAUGUGCAUCAUCGGACUGAGCAUCCUCAUGGGGCUGCCCUCUCGACCCCCUGCAGUGGACGCUGUGGCUGCCCAGAUUGUCCCCUCGGUUCUCCUCCUAUUCCUGGGACUAAAGCAAAUGUGCGCCACCCAGCAACAUACAGAACACGAAGAGCACGGGAAAGCUGAAAAGAACGAUGCCGAAGAUAAUGAAGAGAUUCCAAGUGAUGAAGAGGAAGUGAAUGAAACAAAUCAGGACAUGCAGGAGAACCAUGCUGGUGGUGGUGGCGAUACAGGGGAUGACGAUGAUGAUGACGACGAUGAUGAAGACUGGGAUGAUGAAGCAUUAGAAGAAACUGCUUUAGAAGGCUUCAGCACGCCUAUUGAUCUAGAAGAUGGUGUGGAUGAAUAUCAGUUCUUCACACAAGCAUUGUUAGCUGUACAAAGCCGAGAUGCUGGCUGGUACCAUUUGUUGACUAGACCACUCAGCGCUGAUCAGAAGACCCAGUUGCAGGAAAUCUGUGCAUUAGCUGAACUCCGGAGAAACUCUGCAGAAUCAAAGAGGAUAGAACAACAAACGGGCUUCCCAUUUGAUAACAAAGGACUGGUCUCUGGAUAUAACUUUGGCACUGCUCCAGGAAGCAACUGAAGGGGAAAAGAGCUUAAAGAACUGUGCAAAAACAUUUCAUUAUUAAAAAAAAAAAGGUGACUUAUGAACAGGGAAGGUAAUCAAGAGGUCUGCAAGUUUUCCCCUUUGGAAAAGGCGGUAUUUGACCCUCUUCCCCCUCUCAUUAAGAUAUUCUUUCUAACCAGCUGCUGUAAUGUAUAAAUUCUUGUGGGUAUUUUUAUAAGUUGUUGGACUGAAAAGAAAGCCUCUGUCCCCUCUUCCUUCUCCUUGGGAAAGGGGCAGCUAUUUGAAACCGAAUGGAAAUUGCACUUCUCAGGUUUUUGACGUGUGACAUUGAAGGGGUCCUAUGGAUAACAGUGCCUUCUGUUGUAUAUAUGGAUAGCCCAACAAAAGAGUUUUGGAACGCAAUGCUUUUUUUUUUUUUUCAUUUAAAAGAAAAGAGAAAGGGCACAGAAAAAGGUCAUAAUUCAUAUCUUGCUUUCCAUAUACUCUUGCGUUAACUUCCUCGAAAGAAAUCAUGGCUGCAUUGUGCCCUGUCACGCAUUUUACAGUUAACUGUAGAAGCCGUUGUUAACAUCCCUGCGUAUGUGUUGGCUUCUACAUCAUGCCUCAUUGAGUUAUCGAAAAAUGUCUUCGCAUUCACUGCUGUUACCAGAUGGUGAAUUGUUUUUAAAAUUCUUCUUUAGAGUGGUCAGGCUUUAUGCUUGUGUGUGUGGGGGGGGGGGGGGUUGUUUUGUCUUCCAAACUUUGCAAAACAUCCUCCUUGCUUACCACGGACUCCCAUCUGCAUGUUGUAAGCCUUUUAAAGUGAUCACUCUGCUUACCUUGGACCUUAUCUGGCCUAUGAAGACACCCGCCCUACCUAGCCAAGAACAGUGGCCUUAUUCUCCCCAGUUGGUGGAGACAGCAGCCAGAAGGGGUUGUCUCUGUCCAGUGACCAAUCAGACUGAGUCUGCAGCUGUGACAUCUGGUGACUCCUCCCAGCUUUAGACUUAGUCCGAUCAGAACUGGACACAUAAAUUAAUUCUCCAAAUUAGCUAGUUAAUUAGGUAUUUUUCUCCCCAAAAUUUCACUCUCAAUUUUUUUUAAUUGGCUUGUCUAAGGUUUUGCUACUGCUCUUCUUUAUCUGCAAUCUACAGACUGCAUUUCCUUGGCUCUUACUGCAUCACAGGUGCCACAGAGUAACUCCGGAGCACCCUGCGACUUCUAACCAUCGGGAAAGCCUGCGGGCAGCAACCCCAAAUCCCACUUUUGUAAAGCAAGACCAGUAACCGUGAGCAGGAUAUGUUUUGUUUCUCUUUUGCCACUGUUGACUCUCCGGGGGGGGGGGGGGGACUCCAAGGGUUCUCCAAAACCCUUUUGAAAAGCACUGCUUUAACAGGAUUUAAUCUCCAGCUCUGGAUCUUUUUGAAUGUGGAUCCCCAGCUUUUCCCCAGUGCCGUUGUGGAUUUUGUGUUGUAUCAGUAAUGAGCUUGUGGACUAUGUAAAUAGUUAAUCAGCUUUGUACUGUACUGUUGCUGCUUUGGACUGUUUCAAUGACACGGUUAUCGUUCUUUUAGCCAUAUUAUGGUGAGAUUUUAAACUUUUCAGUAAUUGCAUAUAUAGGUCUUUGCCUUUUGCCCAGCACUUGAGUUUGGUUUCAUUUCCCUCCAUUCCAGUUGCAACCACAGGGGAGCAAAGGAGAGGGAGCAGUCAAACGAUGCAUACAGUGUUAUUUAUGCAAGCCCCUCUUUUCCAUAGGGGUCAUGACAUUGCAUACAUGCUUCCCAAAAGGCACAGCUUGGGUCAUAACACAAUAGUGCCUGCCUAUUGUGGAGGAAGGAAGUGUCUUCCUUCCUUCCUUCCUUCCUUCCUUCCUUCCUUCCUUCCUUCCUUCCUUCCUUCCUUCCUUCCUUCCUUCCUUCCUUCCUUCCUUAUGUUUGCCAGGUUUCUAUAGGAGAGCCUAAUGUGAUCACAUUCAGUGGCUUACCUUGCACAAAUGUUGUUAAGGGCAAUGGACUGCAUCUUUGUAUUCCAGCUGUCUUAUCUCAAAACAAAAGACACUUGAUUGUCACCUUUGAGCUUCUGUCCUCCAUAAACCCAUUACAAGCACAUCUAUUUUCCAUCAUGCACUGGCAAACUUUCUACAUUUCUCCAAAACAAGUUUUUUAGGAGCCUAAACUUUCUCAGACAAACAGUACAUUGGCAGUUAUGGAAGUGCAUUGUCCCCCUUUUAACAUGACAGAAGAAGGGGAAGGGGUUAGAAGCCUAUAUCAAUUGAUCAAGAGGAAGCUUGAUGAAAACAUCUCCUUUCCUGAGCUCUUUUUACUUAUAUAUCCCAUAGGGAUACAUUAGCUAUUCCAGGCUUCCACAUCAAGACAAACCUGGCACCCUCCACAUUUAUAAAGCUACAGACCCUUGGCCGGGGAUAAUGAGACUUGUAGUGCCCAGCAUCUAGAAAAUGCCCAUUUCAGGGACUAUACAAAGGAAACAUAUCGAACUUCGAAUCUUUAAGGAGAAACAUAAAGUAUGCUAGUUUGGGAAACGAGCAACCUAAUUUUGAGGUAAGAGUUUGCUCAUUAGUCCACCAUUUACCAAAUUUGGACUAAAAGCUUUUCCUGCUAACCUGGCAUUUCGUAAAUGGGGAAUCAAACCUCCUUCUCAAAAUGCUAGCUUAAAACUACUUCACACAAGGCAAAUGCAAAUCUGUAUUUAACACAGGGAAUUAAAAUCCCCGAAAUACCAUUGUUGCAAGCACCCAAUAGUCACAUUUAGAUGUGGGGAUGCUUUUUGGGGAUACACUUAAAAACAUGUGCGAUACAAUUCUUAACUACUUUGGAUGAAGAGGAAUUAGAAUGUAAAUAUUUGGUUUCUACUCCCCCUAAUACAGUAGGAUAAUUCAUUUACAUUUAUUUUGGUUCUUUACUAAUACUGUGUUUUAUGUCCCAAAGAAAUUUCCUGUUAAGUGUUUUAGCUGGUUGAAAUCAGCUAAAAUCUGGGUCCCUCAUCUGUCUUGAAUUUAUUGCUGCACAGUUGAUAGACCAGUGGCAUUUGCUAGAAAAUAUUUAAGAAAGCAAGAGGAAAAAAGAAACAAAAAGAGAAUUUGUUGCUCUGACUCUUGGGAUUUUUGUGAAAAAUACGUUUGCAAAAGAAAGUAUAUUUUUUAUUUGUUUGUAUCUAUACGUGAAGGGAAUCCAUUUUUAAAAUAUUAAGUAGCAUUUAAGACUACUGCUUCAUAGGGAUAACAGCUUGGCUUUUUCAAAAUUCUUUUAGUUUUUGUGUCUUAAGAUUCUAAUUGUCUUCCAGGAUUUUGCCCAAAUUUUAUCCUAAUGCAUCCAACAAUCACAAAAAAAUAUCACUGGGGGAUUCAGGGAGGAUCGGUUUUGUGGCAUCCAAAUCGCUACAUAACUUUGCAAAUUUCUUGCCCCUUGGACUUCAUCAGACGGAGGAGGACAAAGGCAUGAAAUGCUUUUACCUCCACGCUUCCUUUUAUGUCCUGGAGUUGUUGGUUUUUUUGGGUGUUUUUAGUGUGGGUGUGUGUGCAGAGAUGAUUUAGGAUUCUGCCAUUUAAACAUGCAAUGUGGGGAUGAUGUAUAAGAAGGUCCAAUUGCAUGGAUUUGUCAGCUGUUGCAUGCAGAUACCUACACUUCAUUGAUGCCUAGGGAACAUCAGGAGCCCAUCAGCUGAUGACACGUUACCACCUCUAUUUCCCUCCUUCCCUCCAAUGAAUAUGUCUUUCAUUGUUUUGCCUAUGUUACGUUGGGUUAUGACAAAUGUAACUUGAGAGAGCUCUUCCUUAAUUAAAAAGCUCAAUGUGUAAA